AUUUCUACCACUAAUAAAUUAAACAUUUUCGAGUUAUGAAAUAGACCGCAACACAUGAAUGAACUUCCAUUUUCACUCAUGGUCUCCUCAGGAUAUCUCCCGACUGGGAAUUUACUGGAAGCACUGAUUCACAUCUCUAACCAAGUAUUCUCAAUGGAAAAGCUUCCAUUUCUUUAGGUGAAAAACAUUUCAACUAUGGUAUGAAGGAUCAUGAUUCUUUCUUCAUUGUUUGAAGAAAUUCAAGAAAUAUCAUCCACUUUGUUGUUUCCACCAUCCUCCAUCCUCUGCUUUGCUGAACUUUACUCUGUCAUACAAAAGGUAAAACUCCUCAUAGAAAGUUGUAAAAAGGGAAUCUCUUUGUGGAACCUCAGGCAAACAAAAUUGAUUUCAACCAAUUUCAUACACUCAUCAACAAGAUGCACAAGGAACUAGAUAUUUUACCUCUGGGAUCGCUAAAUGUCACUGUUGACACCAAGGAAAAAGUGGAGCUACUUUACAAGCAGGCAAAAAGGGCCGAUUUAUUCAUUAAUCCUCGAGAAAUUUAUAAAAAUGAAGAGAUUCUCCAGUUGAUGGCUACUAAUUAUGACAGAAAAAUCAAGAACAAAGGCCUCAUUGACUUUGAGAGAGUUAAACAGAGUUUCAACGGCAUUGGAUUGAGAAUCUCAUUGGAUUAUGAUGAAAAGAUCUCAUAAUUAGAGACACAAGCUGAGAAACAGGUAGGCGCAGGUGGUCUUAUCUCUAUCUCUCAAAUCAACAACCUAAUAUCCUUUAUCGCCUUGUCAAAACUGCAAUUUUUGAAGAACACCUUAUCAUUAAGCAAAAUUUAAAGCAUACAUCAUCGAUUAAUGUUCUUCAUGAUUAAUUCUCCUCAUGUUAUUCCCUGGUUACCAGCAUCCCUGAUGAAUUAUGCUGCCCAAUUUCACUAGAUUUGAUAAGGGAUCCCAUGAUAGUAGCAUCAGGGCAUACUUAUGAUCAAAACUAAAUCGCUCAGUGGAUUAAAUCAGGUAACUACACAUGUCCAAAAAGUGGGCAGAGGCUCAUACAUAUGGCUCUAAUUCCCAACUAUGCACUGAAAAGACUAAUACAACAAUGGUGCCAAGAGAACAACAUCCCAAUAACAGAACCUACUUUAAUUUCUUCAGAUUCAGAAAGUAGAAAGAGAAAGAUUAAGAAAUAUGACCAGGCAAUUGACUACAUAUCUGCUACUAAAGCUACUGUGGACGCUGUCAAAAUUACGGAUGAGUUUUUAGUUAGGAAACUGGCAACAAGGUCUCCAGAUAUACAAAGACAGGAAGCAUAUGAGCUAAAUUUACUUGCAAAAUCUAGCAUGGACAAUCGCAGGAUCAUAACUGAAUCUGGAGAUAUUCCAUUUUUGAUGACUCUGCUAGGUUUCCGUGAACCAAGAAUCCAGGAGAAUGUAGUCACAACCUUACUCAACCUCUCAAUACAUGAGAAUAACAACAUUCUGAUUAUGUUUGUUGGUGCUAUCGAUAUCUUAAUUAAAGUUCUCCAAUUUGGGAAAAUGAUGGAAGUAAGAGGAAAUACAGCAGGAACAAUCUUCAGCUUUUCUGUAAUAGAUGAAUACAAGGCAAUCAUUGGGGAUCAUAACAAAGCCAUUCUAGCUUUGGUUGGACUUCUAAAAGACGGAAGCUAACGCAGGGAAAAUGGAUGUUGAUAUAACACUCUUUAAUCUUACAGUGUAUGAUGUCAAUAGGCAAAGUAUAGUACUUGCAGGAGUUGUUCCCGUAUUGACCUUCUCAUGGAUGACAAGGCUGGAAUAACUGAUGAUUCCUUGGCAUUUCUUGUCCUUGUCUUGGGUUGCGACGAAGGGAUACAAGCAUUAAGAAAGAGUAGGAUCUUGGUGCCUCUUUUUAUUGAUCUAUUGAGGUUUAGAUCUUUAAAAAGAAAAGAUUACUCAAUAAAACUUCUUCUAGGACUCUGCAAGGAUAGUGGAGAGGAGAUAGUGGGAAGAUUACUGAUGAAUCCAAGAAGUAUUCCUUCUUUCUAGAGCUUGGCUGCUGAUGGCUCUCUAAGAUCUCAACGAAAUACUGAUGCCCUCCUAAGAAUACUUAAUAAAUGCUGAUAUUCAUCUUAGUAACCCUGAAAGAUGAGAGAAAUGAAUACACUGUUAAUAACAAUGUAAAGGGAUGGAAAAGCUUUUAAUAGUAGUUUAUUUUUAUUCAACCUUUUUCCCAUUCACCUUAAAUUUGAUAACAUUCAAUUAAGUUGUAAAACCAUUCUUCAUUAAAGCAAUGUUGAAAUGCAA